AUGCCUGCUAUUCGACAUCAUUAUAACAGAGGACCGCAAAAUGGGCCUGGUGAUCAUGCACCACACAUCAAUUUCACUCAUGUCGGCGGUCAUAUUCAUGUCGAAUUGAAGAAAGCUAUUCAAUCCGGUGAAGAACGCAUACUUCUUUUAACGCCUGAACGGUUCUUUGAGAUAUCGCAUAAAAGUGAUGAAAUUCGACAAGCUGGUCGACAUAUGGCCGAAUAUCAAGGACGUAAGAGUGCUACACAACCACCUAAGAACAUUGGCUCUUUUGAGUUUGUUCUCCGUUCUGACUUUCGUAAUGACGUAUACGAGCACAUGUAUCAGUGGGAAAUACCCGACUCUCAACUACGAGUGAGUGUCAGAAAUCGUCGGAGUGAUGGCAAACGUCCCAUUGACACGCAAUUUGUUGUUGAGAUACGAAUUUUUAAUGAUCAUGGCUUUCCAACGGAUAGUGGAAUUAUGAUGGCUUGGCACAACUUUCAUGGUACAUUUGUUCGUCAUCGAAAAGAACGUCGAGAUCGUAUCGAAGAGAUGCGACGAAAUGGCACAUCAAAUAUUUCUACAACAACAUCAAGUAACGGUAGUCGAGCAACCACUACUGCGUCUAAUGUCGUUGACAAUAAAAACCUGUCAAGUUGGAUUAUUGAUGAAAAGUAUGUCAACCAGGAGACAUAUUCUUGUGUUAUUUGCAUGGACACUUAUGUGAAAAACGAUCAUGUUCAAGGUCUGCCAAAAUGUACACAUUACUUUCAUCAAAAAUGUAUUCAAGCAUGGCUUAUCGGAAGCGCAACUUGCCCUGUUUGCCGAUCCGAAGCAUAG